AUGACUGUUGCAAACGAGUUCAACAAAACUGAGACGGAGGAUGAAGAUUUUGACAGCCAACUGCUGGCGGUGCUGCUGCUGCUGCUGUGCGGCCUCCUCCUGCUCCGCUCCUUCUCCCUCCCGCGCCUCCUCCUCUCCGCCUCCUCCGGCUCUUCUUCCAUUGUGGACGCGGAGCCCGCGCUCGGCUGCAGCCGCUCCUGGGGGGCGCGCGGGUGGGCCCCCCCAGUUCGCGAUGCUCCUGCAGGCGCCUUAGGCGAAGCGGGGAGAGGCGAGGCGCACCCGGCGCGGGCAGGAUCUGGAGCAGACCUCUCGGCCAUCGCGCCCCGAGCCCAGGAGCCCAUUGAACUGGCCGCACAAAAGGCGCCCUCUCCGAUUCUGGCCGACGUGGGACAGGGGGGUGGGGGUGGGGGGUCCCGCCGCCGUCGCCACCUUUGCCGAUCCCCCGCCACCACCGCCGCCAGCAUGAGCUCUGGCUUCCUUGAUCGCAAGGUGAGAGGAAGUGACGCUAUGAGCCACAUGGAGGAGAACUUCAGCCCUGAGGAGGCUCGGUCGCAGCUGGUGACGAAGCGUAAGCUCCUUAAAAUGCUGAGUUUAAGUCCCGGGCGCAGCCAAGCGUGCGGAACCGAAGUGCGGGAGAAGAAAAUCCCUUCGAUGACGUGGCCGGUGAAACCGGUGCACGCCAUUAAGAAACGCAAGGUCUUCUUGGUGCACCGGGGCACCCAGACCGAGGAGAUCCCCGACAUUUGCGUCGAGUGCGGGAAGGUCUUCAUCCAGAAUUCGAGCCUGAUCGACCCCUGGCCGCUGCAGCCCGACGACAAACCCCACAAGUGCUCCGAAUGCGGGAAGAGCUUCGCCGUGCGCUCCAGCCUGAACCGGCACCAGCGGAUCCACACGGGGGAGAAGCCCUACAUCUGCCUCGACUGCGGCAAGCGGUUCAACGACAAGUCCAACCUCACGCAGCACCAGAGGAUUCACACGGGCGAGAAGCCCUACGAGUGCAUUGACUGCGGCAAGAGCUACAGCCGCAGCUCCCACAAGAAGAAGCACUUGCGGGACUCGGCCGAGGAGGAGCAGCAGCAGCAGGAGCCCUGCGCCCCGCAGGCAGGCGGCGCGGACUCCGCCGGCGAGAAGCCUAAGGCCAAGCAGAAGCCGGAGGUGUUGAAUACCUGCACCGAGUGCCUGCGCAGCUUCAACCACAACGCCGACCUCAUCAAGCACAUGCGCAUCCACACCGGGGAGAAGCCCUACAAGUGCAACAUCUGCGAGAAGAGCUUCAACGUCAGCUCCAACCUCUUCCGGCACCAGCGGAUCCACACGGGCGAGAAGCCCUACGUGUGCUCCGAGUGCGGGAAUUGCUUCACCGACAAGUCCACCCUGGUGCAGCACCACCGCAUCCACACCGGGGAGAAGCCCUACGCCUGCCGGUUUUGCGGCAAGUGCUUCAGCCACAGCUCCCACCACAAGAGACACGAGAAGAUCCACAACAGAGAGAACCCCUUGUUCGCCUACCCCAUCCCGCUGUUUUAACAGGGUCGCCCUUGCAGCCGGAGCGGGUAGAUAGGGAACUCUGUGCCUCGGGAAACUUAACCAGUGGGUUUUUGUUGUCGUUUAAAGAAAGAGCGCAGGAGCCGUCUUAAAAGAUUUCGCCAGUCUGACUUCAAACACCAUCGCAAGGUUUCCCACUCGUGGCAGGUACUGGAUAUCAAUGCCAUAGUUUAUAGGAUCUUCAGUAAGAUAGGCUACAGUGAAUGCUCAAAAUCUGGUUGGCUCCGGUGCGAAUGUCGAUAAUCCUAGAUAAAUUUGGUGCUUUUCUGAAAACAUCCCCGCUCUGGGGAUAUAAACCGUUGAAAAGCAGGCAGAUUUAUGUGGCUGUCAGAAUUAGCGGCUGUUCCCUCGGGCUGUCAGAAUUAGUGGCUGUUCCCUCGGGCUGUCAGAAAAUGUAUUAGGUCGUCAACGUUCAGUAUCAACAAACAGGAAUAUUGUGAGUUCUUAGGAAUAUUGCAUGUGACCCUCCUGCAGCCCUUGCUCAGGUGCCUUCAAGAUGUUUUGAGCGACUCGCAUGGAAGCUGUCCGAAAACAUCUGGAGGGCAGCACGUUGGCAAUGCCUGCGCUUUAGUUUUAUUAAAGGCACUAUAGGACUAUUUAUUGAUAUCCAGUAACUGCGAGCGAACCUUCAGGUGGUUUUUGUUGCUUUGGCUCACUGGGCCGAAACCUUUAGUUUCUUCUAACUACCUACACAAACCAGGCCGCAGGUCCUUUUGAAGAGAAGACUCCAUGUCUUUAUGCAAAGACUCUUGAGUGAUGGAGAAUCUUCCCUUAGGAAGGUAAUGCUGGUCGCAAAUUAACCUCAGUAGCCUUUUGCUUCAGGGCUUCACUUUCUCGGGUGGUAGCUCCCAGCCACUGGAUCACACUGUAUUUUUGUCCGCUAAAUCAGGAGGGCCCCAAAGCAUAGCUGCCAAGUUAUCCCUUUUUUAAAGGGAAAUUCCCUUAUGCUGAAUAGGCUUCCUCGCGAGAAAAGGGAAAACUUGGCAGCUAUGCCCCAAAGUUGGUAGGAAUCACGUAGGUUUCUACAGAGGACCCAUUUGACAGUUGACUCUUUGGUAAGCUCAAAUAGGUUUGAAGUUCUCUUGAGGCCUCUGUAAUAAGAAGGCACAUUUCCCAGGCCUCGGGGUUCCCCCCCCCGCCCUUUGCUGCUCAUUCUCCACAGUGUGGCUGCGACAAAUGGACAUCUGGCGGCAGAAGAGCCACGUUUUCCCUAUAGCGACAGGAAGACAAAUUUGUGCUGUGGCACUUUAAGAGACGAAGGGGUUUGUUGUGGCAGCAGACACCAUCGGAGGCUCACACAGUGGGCUGGAAAAGGGUGGAGGUGGUGUGUUUAUCUGUGUGUGUUUUUGUGCGUGUGUAUGUAUAUAUAUCAUAUAGAUACACAUGUGCAUGCACGCACAAGUUGAAAAACCAAAUUAAACAAGGAGAGUACUGAAAGUAGUGCAACGUGCUCGGAUUAGUGGACCAGUGAAAGGUAUGAGCGCAACACCGCAUGAAUGGGAAGGCCGUCUUGCUUCCUUAGAGAGCUAGCCAUCUGUAAUCCUUAUUCAAGCCCUGAGAAACCUCAAAUCAGGUUUGUUGACGGAUUCCAGUUCCUGUUUGGUUUUAGUGUACCGCAGCCCGACCGACAGAGUUAGAGGGGUCCAGGAUGGCUGCAGUGGUUUCCCUGUAUGUUCCCAUUUUGUCAUGUCCCGAACGGUGUUCCCGCCUGUUCUGAUCCAGCCAGUGCAGUGGUCCCCUCUCCCCCUACCCAGGUGGGAGAAGAAGUUAUUUGAAUCUGAGCUCAUCCAUGGACCAAGUGGGCAGAGUCGCCACCUCUGUGCCUCUGCUCCUCCUCUGUUUUAAAAGGAAAGAAAAACGAAACACGCAAAACUUGAGAAUUUAGGGAAGCUCCUUAAACUGGGUAGUCGCGAUGGUUAACUAUCGAGAAGAAAGGCAAAAUGUCGCGAUCCGCCCUGCGCUUUAAAGAGAAGCGGGGGCUGUCAAAUCUAGAUCUAACAGAGGUAGCCUGAUACGAAACUGUAAAAGUAACACAAGGGGGGGGGAGUUUGGAAUUAGCUGUCCCUAGAAGACUGUUUGCUAUAUCCAAGUAAUUUUUGUGGUUAGCUUUUAUCCUUUCCGUAGGUGAACCUUUAUGAAAAUGUUUGUUAUUUAAUCGAGUGUCUGAUAGGAAACCUAACCUUUGACCUAUUGUAGCAGUUGAUUCUACAGGUUAAUUAAACACUUUGUACAAUUGGCGCUCUUUUUUUUUUUGGCCAUCCUGAAUGAGAUGGAGAAGGGACAGUUGUCGUCCCCAAAAUACAGGGGGAAACAAGAAAACAAGUCAGCAUUUCUCAAUCACCCGUUAAGUGCUGCAUUCUGUCUGAAUCCAUUAUUUGUUUCUGUUGUAUGAGUUUUUUGAAUUCCAGAAGGCAAACUCUUGGUUAAUAUAGAGGCAUUUAGAAAAUUCCCACUAUUAUUUGUAGGGUUGGGUUUUUUUUGCGGGGUGUGUGUGUAUGUCCAUUCAUAAGAAGAGACCUGCUAAAUCAGACCAAUGGCGCCUCUAGACCAGCAUCCUGUUCUCCGAUUGGCCAACCCAGAUGUCUAUGAGAAGCCUAUGAGAAUCAGGGCCUGAGCAUAUUAACUCUUCACUACCUGGGAUUCCCAGCAUACUGCCUCGGACAGAGCAGGGAGAAAAAGGUAGGAGCCAGUGACUAGUAGCCUUAGCAAUGAAUUUGUCCAUCAGUUAACUCUCUGCUGUGUCUUUCGUCUGUCCCGAAUCUGCCAAUAUCAGCUUCAUUUAAUGUUCUGGCAUCACGAGAGAAGGAGAAACUCUGUUCUCCACCUACUUUGUCUGCACUGUGCAUAAUCUUACAAACUUCGACCGCAGCUCCUCUUACUCGUCUCUAAAACAGACUUAGGUUUCGUUAAGUUUUCCUCCAUCCUCUUGAUCGUUUGAGUUGCCGUUUCCUGAGCCUUUUCCAACGCUACAAUAUUCUUUUUGAGGUGAGGUGCCCAGAAUGGUACACAGUAUUCUAAGUGCGAUGGAAUAGUCAUAUAAUGACGCCAUAGUGGUAGUUUUCUUUUUGCAGUGAUCCCUUGCAUGGAAUUCACGUUUUUCACAGCUGUCACACGCUGGAUUGACAUCACUAAACUUUCCGCUACGAGCCCAAAGUCUCACUCUUGGUCAGUCCCUGGCAGUUCAGACCCCAUGAGGAUUUAUGUUUAAUUUAGACUUGUUGCCCCAAUGUAUAUCACUUGUUUACAUCAAAUUGCAUUUGUCAUUUUGCUGCCCAUUCACUCAGCUUGGAGGGACCCAGGUGGCGCUGUGGUUAAACCACUGAGCCUAGGGCUUGCUGAUCAGAAGGUCGGCGGUUCGAAUCCCUGUGACGGGGUGAGCUCCUGUUGCUUGGUCCCAGCUCCUGCCAACCUAGCAGUUUGAAAGCACAUCAAAAUGCAAGUAGAUAAAUAGGAACCGCUACAGCGGGAAGGUAAACGGCGUUUCCAUGUGCUGCUCUGGUUUGCCAGAAGCGGCUUUGUCAUGCUGGCCACAUGACCUGGAAGCUAUACGCCGGCUCCCUCGGCCAAUAAUGCGAGAUGAGCGCGCAACCCCAGAGUCAGUCACGAAUGGACCUAAUGGUCAGGGGUCCCUUUACCUUUACCUUUACCUUUACACUCAGCUUGGAGAGAUCGUUUUGGAGCUCUUCAUUAAUCUGAUACUAUCAGCCGGUUUGGCUACCACAUCCCUAACUAAAUUACCAACAAGUUAAAAGGCACAGGUCCCAAUACCAAUCCUUGGGAGACUUCACUUUCUACGUAAUAUAUAUAUAUUUUUAAAAAAUUAAAUUAUUUAUAGGCCACCCAUCUGACUGGGUCGCCCCAGCCACUCUGGGUGGCUCCCAACAAAAUAUUGAAAACACAAUUUUAAAAAACCUUCCCUGUACAGGGCUGCCUUCAGAUGUCUUCUAAAAGUCAGAUAGUUAUUUACUUGCUUGACAUCUGAUGGGAGGACGUUCCACAGGGCGGGCGCCACUACCGAGAAGGCCCUCUGCCUGGUUCCCUGUAACUUCACUUUUUGCAAUGGGGGAACCGCCAGAAGGCCCUUGGUGCUGGACCUCAGUGUCUGGGCUGAACAAUGGGUGUGGAGACGCUCCUUCAGGUAUACUGGGCCAGGGCCGUUUAGGGCUUUAAAGGUCAGCACCAACAUUUUGAAUUGUGCUCGGAAACAUACAUUCUUCACUGGGAGAACUUGCAUUAAUCCCAACUCUCUGCUUCCUGUUUUCCAACCAGUUACUGAUCUUACCAGGGGUCGUCGUCCUCUUUCCCAUGACUGCUAAGCUCACUUGGCGCCAGGAGUCUUUGGUGAGGUACUUUGUCAAAAGCUUUCCCAAAGCCUUAAGUGCAAAAUGUCAACUAGAUCACCCCUAUACAGUCAUAGCUCGGGUUACAGAUGCUUCAGGUUGCGUCUUUUCAGGUUGCGUCCUGCGCUGAACCCGGAAGUACCCAAAUGAGUUACUUCCGGGUUUUGGCGCUCGAGCAUCAGCAGAAGCGCUAAAUUGCGCUAUGCGCAGAAGCUCCAAAUCGUGACCCGCCGUGCGCAGAUGUGCCACUGCGGGUUGCGAACGUGCAUCUCGCACGGAUCACGUUCGCAACCCGAGCGUCCACUGUAAUACUGUCCACCGGUUUUCCUGGGUGUACGGUUAUAACCAGCUGUUGGCACAACUCCCCUAUUGAAAGUAUUUCUCAAAAAUAAUCCCUGCAGAGUUGUGUUAGUACACGGCACAUUUUAGAAUCGGGCCACAGUAAUCCGUCUGUCAAGGUUUUGAUCCUGCGUUCAUCCAAAGGUUCAUUUGCAAGUUGCAGUAACUCUGCAACAGUCCUGAUUCAUUCACUCCUUCAGGCUUAUCAUGGCCACUAAGUGUAGAUAGCUUUCUGUUUUUUAAGGGUUUUAGAGAAAUUAAUGGAGGAAAGUUCUGUCAAGGGCUAUUAGCCACUACCGUAACUUCCAUAUACUGAGGUCCUGUAUCCCUUGCAGCACCAAACAAGCAGAAGGAUGGCCAUCGCCCAUCAUAGCCGCCUAUUGGAUGCUUUAGUUGUGAUUGGAUGAGGGGGGUUGGACUAGAUGACCCUUGGUGUCCCUUCCAACUCUACAAUUCUAUGAUAAUGAACUUCAUGGGGGCCUCUGGGAGGGCAUGAUGGCAGAGGAGUGUUGACUUAGAUGAGCUUUUGCGUCUGAACCAGCAAGGCAAUCCUUUAUGCUCUUGUGUUCAGCCAAGUGGAUUAUUUGUUUCCCCAGGAUUCUCACCUGGUCUUUCAAAGCUUUAAGUGACGAAUAUGGGCGGAAUAUAUUGCCCAGGCUCCCAUUAUGUUUCGUUGCUAUUCUGUGCCUGUGUUCCUGUCCACUUUCAUCAAGAGUAUAUUUACCCUCUGCCCCGUUUCUAAAUGCAAGGAUUUCCCCAUUUUUUGAUGAUAGGCACAGCACAACACACCAAAAAGCUCCCCUCACCUGCCUCCUCAAUGAAUUAAAUGGGGAUGUUGCUCAGAUGGGAUCUCACAAGUAUGCUUUGUGGAGGAUCUGGGGGCUCUGAAUUAGGGUGUGUGUGUGUGUGUGUGUGAGAGAGAGAGAAAUCUCAUCCCCCCCAUCCUGUUACAGCAGUUUAUUUAGAGCACAGCAAUGUUUAUAUGUAAUUCACCCCCCCCUUUUAAAUAAAUAGGUGAUGUGGUGUAAUGAUUUUAAAGCAAGCCUCGCUGUUGGAAGUGAGUGGAGAGUUCUAAUAACUUAAUCGACAUAGUAUCUAAGCAUUUCCCUGGUGAAUGAAAUUUUAAUUAAAAAAUAAACAAACUAAGGUUU